UGGCGGAGGCCGGAAGGGCCUGGGAGGGCAGAGGCGCCGCCAUGGGGGUGAAGCUGGAGAUCUUUCGGAUGUUGCUCUACCUGUCCUUCCCCGUCACCGUGUUCUGGGUGUCCAACCAGGCCGCUUACUUCGAGGAGCACGUGGUGCGCAGGAAGAGGGAGAUUUUUCCGCCGGACGACGCUGACCGGCGGAGGCGGAUGCAGGAGCUCAAGCGGCGGCUGCGGGAGGCGCACGAGGAGAAGCGGCUCCGGCCCGGCCACGACUGAGCGGCCACGGCGGGGGCCACGGCGGGGGCCACGCGGACCCGGCCCCCACGCUGCCACCUCGGGGGGACACGUGGACCCAGCCCCCACGCUGCCGCCUCGGGGGGCCACGCGGACCCGCCCCCCACGCCGGUCCCCAGCCCCACGCCGGCGCUGGGGCCACGCCGCUGCUUCAGGGGACGCGUGGACGCGGCCCGACGCCGUCACUGCGUGCCGUCACCGUGGCCACGUUGCUGCCUCAGGGGGACGCGUGGACGCGGCCCGACGCCGUCACUGCGUCCUGACGCUGUCACCGAGGCCACGUUGCUGCCUCAGGGGACACGUCGCCACGUCCACGCGUCGUGGGCGCCUCUUGACGUCGUCGCUGGUCCCACGUGAGUGACCAAGGGGACACGUGGACGUGUCCUGAUGCCGUCACAGCGUCCCGACGCCGUCGCUGAGGCCACGUUGCUGCAUUAGGGGACACGUGGACGCGGCCCGACGCCAUCACCGUGUCCUGUCACCAUCGCCGAGGCCACGUUGCUGCAUUAGGGGCCACGUGGACGCGGCCCGACGCCGUCACCGUGUCCUGUCACCAUCGCCGAGGCCACGUUGCUGCCUCAGGGGCCACGUGGACGCGGCCCGAUGCCGUCACUGCGUGCCGUCACCGUGGCCACAUUGCUGCCUCAGGGGGACGCGUGGACACGGCCAGACGCCGUCACUGAGUCCUGACGCUGUCACCGAGGCCACGUUGCUGCCUCAGGGGACGCGUCGCCACGUCCACGCGUCGUGGGCGCCUCUUGACGUCGUCGCUGGUCCCACGUGAGUGACCAAGGGGACACGUGGACGUGUCUUGAUGCCGUCACCGCGUCCCGUCACCAUCACCGAGGCCACGUUGCUGCCUCAGGGGACACACGGACGUGGCCCGACGCCGUCGCAGCAUCCUGACGCUGUCACCGGGGCCACGUUGCUGCCUCAGGGGCCACGUGGACGUGUCCCGACACCAUCACAACGUCCCGAUGCCGGGCCCAUGACGGUGACGUAGGGGACACGUAGCCACGUCCGCGCAUCGUGGGCACCUCUUGACGUCGUCGGUGGCGCCACAGGAGUGACCGACGGGGACACGUGGACGCGGCCCGACGCCGUCACCGCGUCCCGUCGCCGUGGCCACGUCCCGGUGCCGCCGGCGUGGCUGCGACGGUGACCGAGGGGCCAUGUGGCCACGCGGCGGGGGGGGGGGGGGUGACGGAGGGGACGAGUGCGUGGGGCCAGCGGCUGCCUGGGGGCUCCGCGGGGCACCCCGGGGCGUCCCCACGUUGGGGGGGGGGAUGGGACACGUGGGGUCGCCGCGGUGGCCCCCGGGCCACGAUAAACGGUGCUGGCUCCUCG